AUGGGUGCUAAAGGUAAAAAAAAGAAGGGAAAGAAGGGACCUCCGGAGUCAGGAUGGUGGCCAGGAUUCGGAACCAAGGCCACAAUGAGCACCUACUUCCAGUACCCAACUCCCGAGCUGCAGGAGGAGCUUAGGAAGAUCGCACAGGCGAUUGUAGCUCCUGGCAAGGGUAUCCUUGCUGCUGAUGAGUCUACUGGCACCAUGGGCAAGCGUCUCCAGGACAUCGGAGUUGAGAACACAGAGGAGAACCGCCGCAAGUACCGCCAGUUGCUCUUCAGUUCCGACGCCGCCCUCUCGGAAAACAUCUCCGGAGUGAUCCUGUUCCACGAGACCCUUUACCAGAAGGCUGAUGAUGGCACUCCCCUGGUCACCCUCUUGGAGAAGCGUGGCAUCAUCCCCGGCAUCAAGGUCGACAAAGGUGUCGUCCCACUCUUCGGAUCUGAAGACGAGUGCACUACUCAGGGUUUGGAUGACCUUGCCCAGCGCUGCGCCCAGUACAAGAAGGACGGCUGCCACUUCGCCAAAUGGCGUUGCGUGCUCAAGAUCGGCCGCUUCACCCCAUCCUACCAGGCCAUCAUGGAGAACGCGAACGUUUUGGCUCGUUACGCCUCCAUCUGCCAGAGCCAGCGCAUUGUGCCCAUCGUCGAGCCCGAGAAGGUGACCGAGGUUGUUCUGGCUGCCGUCUACAAGGCGCUGAGCGACCACCACGUCUACCUUGAGGGUACCCUUCUCAAGCCCAACAUGGUGACUCCUGGCCAGGGUUGCAAGAAGACUUACACUCCCAUGGACAUCGGCCGCGCCACCGUUACCGCUCUGCUCAGAACUGUACCUGCUGCCGUUCCCGGCGUCACAUUCCUGUCUGGUGGUCAGUCUGAGGAGGAGGCGUCAGUGAACCUGAACGCCAUCAACACUGUGGACAUGAAGAGGCCGUGGGCCCUUACCUUCAGCUACGGUCGUGCCCUCCAGGCCUCCGUCCUCCGCGCAUGGGCCGGCAAGCCUGAGAACGUGUUGGCUGGACAGCAGGAGCUCAUCAAGCGUGCUAAGGCUAACGGCCAGGCGUCGCAAGGCAAAUACGUGGCUGGAUCUGUAACAGGUGUGGGCGCCGAAGCCGGUCUUUUCGUAGCCAACCACGCGUACUAAACGCAUAAACACAUUCACUACACUACAUCUAGAAACAGUAGUUACACAACAAUCGUCGCUACGAGAAUAUCAGCGGAGCGACCAAAAAAAUAUAACGCUAUCUUUUUUUAUCGGUUGUCGUGGCGAGAAUGUCGCGCGGUUAAUUCCAUGUUUGACAACCGAUGUCGCUUCUAGUAAACUAUCGGUCAAAGCACCGAGAUUAAAGUUCCAUUUAUGAAAUUUAAAAAUUGGCGCGAAAGAUUUGUUUU